AAACGUUAAAAUGUUUCAGUUCGUUUCUCUUACCGAGACAAUCGCAUCCCGUCAACUUUCACAGCGAAAGCGCGCGCAAACUUUCCCGCUCUUUAUUUUGAAUCGUCAGAACUUUCGAUCAAUCAAAAAUAGAAAUAGAAAUUAAUAGUUCCUGAUUCAAUUAAAACUUGAACUUUAGUUCGGGAAUUUAUAAUUGCUGGUUACUUAAAAGUUUAACUUUAAAGUUCGUUCUUUCUAGGUCCAAGCAGUUCCUUUGAAAAAAGUGAAUUAGUGAUGGAUUUAAGCAGUUUGAUUUGUGAUUAGUGGGUUAAUAAAAAACAAUGGAAAGAAAAAGACCAAUGUUACGUCCAACCCUAUUCCGCGGGCUGAGUCAAGACUCAGGGUCUGACUCGGCGGCCUACGAACUCGACAGGAGCCGGCGGGCUUCGCUCAGCGCUGAGCAACGGCGGCGGCUGAGCUUGCUCAGGACCUCGAGCAUCCCGACCACGCUGAGUCCGGUGAGCCACAUUUACCAUUUGGUUCCCUGCCCGAGAAACUGUUGCAAUCAGAAAUAUGUGGUCAGCACGGACCGCAGUGGCGACAUCCAUGUUCAUGUUCAGGGUGACUUGAGCCAGCAGGACAAAAGAUGCGUCUUCAUAACUGUCCACGACCUAGGCACCAAUCACACUUCGAUGGUGGACUUUGUGAACUCUCCUGCGAUGGCAGAGAUCAAGGAGCGCUCAUGCUUCAUACACGUGGAUGUGCCAGGACACGAGGAGAACUCUCCAGAUCUGCCAGAAUCUUACCCAUUCCCCUCUCUCCAAACGCUAGGCGAAGACCUGGUCACAGUUCUGGACUUCCUGCACGUCCAGUAUGCCGUUGGUCUUGGCGAAGGUGCUGGAGCCAACGUCCUGGCACGGUGCGGCAUCGCCCACCCGCGGCGUCUCCUCGGCCUGAUCCUGGUGAACUGCACUGGCUCCACUUCAUCAGUGGCAGACGCCUUCCGCACCAGGUUCUCCAGGUGGAAGGGGACAGACAUCUCGCAGUCUGAGGAGGACUUCCUCAUCUACCACAAGUUUGGACACGUGAGUUUUGUGACCGAGCUGCUUGAUUAUGGCUAUCAGCAAAUCUCGAGCGACACGUGCGAGGCGGGCGAGCGCGAGCGAAUGCUGGCCGAGGCAGAGUACCGCUCGCGCCUGCGCGGCAACCUCAACACGCACAACAUCAAGCAGUAUGUGCGCGCCUUUAUACACCGCAAGGACCUGGUGCUGCGUGGUUGCCAGCCUGAUAUCCUGCUCAUCACGGGCAUGCUGAGCCCCUACGCUGGCGUGGUGGAGAAGAUGUACAAAGAGUUGGACAAGGAACGUGUCACCAUGCUCAAAAUAGACCGCGUGGGAGACGUGCUCGCUGAGGCUCCAGCCAAAGUCGCGCAGUCACUCCUGCUGUUCUGCCAAGGUCAGAGCCAGCUGACGUCGCUGCCGCCUCCCGGAGUCGAGCGCCGCAUGUCCCGCGCCAUGUCCAUGGAGGAAUACGACAAGCCCAACAUCCGGCGCCUGUCGCUCACGCCGCACGUCUCAGAAACACCCCCGCAAAGAAAACUGUAAAAUAAAACCUUCAUUUCCUUGCACACAAUGGCCUAGUAUAUUUGGCGAGUACGGGCCAAGGCGUGAUAUACGGGCCCAAGAUCCUUUGCUAUCAAAGGAUCUUGAUGCAAUGUUCAAGCGGCUGGGCUAUCCCAGCUAGGUGGUUCACUACCUCAGUGUCUAACACUGAAUGAUAUAGCCACAAACAUUGGUUGGUUCUACAAUGCUGCUUCACUGGGUGAUAUUAAAAUAUUUUUUCGUACAAAACCUUCAAUGAAUU